AUGGAGUGCGCUCUGCUAAAAUACCACAUCCAAAGUACUGAAGCGACUAACGUCCUUGGCAUGAGGCGCUUUCCAACUCAAAAGCUCAUCACAUAUCUCACAACAUCCGACAUUAGCCUCAAGAGACGGGUAAUGUUAUUGUUAGAAUGGAGGAUAAACAAAUCUUCAAAUCGCUUACAAGAUAAGAACAGUUCCAAUGCAACAAAUGGCAAUUUGAUUAGUUAA